AUGGGAAAACAGCGUAAAGGAGGUCUUCCUUACCUAAAGACAUCGCUCAAAUUCGAAUGGAAUUCAUGGCGCGACGUGUCUGAGGAUGACACCAAUGCACUGUUAGCUGAUGUUAUGGAUUACCUUGAGAGCAGUGGUUGUGGAAACGACCAGACUGAAGAGUCUUCCCAUCAUUCGUCUAAUUUCAGUAACGAUAGCGUUGCAUUCGGACUUCAAGCAUGUGUGGAUCAAGUGAAGAGCGAAGCGAUAGCUAUACCAUUUUCCAGACUCACAAUGGCGGGAAUGGCUGAAGCAGCGCAAGAGAAUGAGAAGACUAAGCAAGAAAAGUUGAGCAAAGAUGAGAAGAAAAAAACUGGCAAGGAUGAAAAGAAGGACGAGAUGACUGAGGAAGAUAAAAAGCUGGAAGAGGACCUUAAUAUGCUCGUGCAGCGUCUGACUGAAAACAACAGUAGUCUGUAUCAACCGUCACUGGAGAUGAUGCGUUCUCUGAUUCGGGCAUCCACCACGUCUAUGACCUCGGUCCCAAAGCCGCUUAAAUUCAUGCGUCCUCAUUAUCCGAAAAUGAAGCAGGUGUUCGAAAAAAUGCAACCGGAGCAAACAAAGAGACUCUGUGCCGACAUUAUUUCCGUGUUAGCGAUGUGUUCUGAUGAGAGGAGCGAUUGCAUCAAUUUUCGAAUGAAGGGAAUGCAUGAGCCGAUUGGUGACUGGGGUCAUGAGUAUGUCCGCCAUCUAGCCAUGGAAUUAUCAGAAGAGUGGAAGCAAUCAUCUGACGGUUCAGAAAAAAGCAAAGCUAGGCGCAGUGAACUUCUCACGCUUGCAAGGGAUAUCGUUAUGCACAAUAUGAAGCACAAUGCAGAAGUGGAGGCGUGUGAUCUGCUUAUCGAGAUUGAGCGACUUGAUCUUCUCAUGGAAUAUGUGGUAGAUGUCGAUCAUCAGAGGGUUUGCCUCUAUUUACUCAGUUGUGCACCACUGACUCCUGAUCCAGACAAUGUCAUCCUCAUUCGCACCGCGAAGAAUAUUUAUUUGAAGUACCAGCGUUAUCUGGAAGCUGUACGCUGUGCUAUUAUGUUGAAUGAACCGAACGAGAUCAAAGAGAUUUUCACCAUGACUGAAGACACACUGCUACAAAAACAAAUGGCAAUACUGCUUGGUCGCCAUCAGAUAUUCCUCGACUUCGAAAAUGUUCCUAAUGGCGAACAACUUGGAGAGUUGAACUCAAAUGCUCAUCUUUACGAAUAUUUCCAUUCCCUUGCUCGAGAGCUCGACAUCAUGGAACCAAAAACGCCUGAAGGAGUCUACAAAAGUCAUCUAGAGCACAGUCGCCCUUUUGGAAAUACCGCAGCUCCCGAUUCUGCUAGAAUGAACCUAGCAGCAGCUUUUGUUAAUGGGUUUGUCAAUUGCGGUUUUGGAGUGGAUAAAAUGAUGGCAGAGAGUGAAGAUGCUAGCAAAUGGUUUUACAAGAAUAAGGAGUACGGCAUGUUAUCCGCAGCAGCAUCUCAGGGACUCGUUUGGCGUUGGGAUAUUGACUCUGGGCUUGGACAAUGUGACAAAUUUUUAUAUGUAAACGAUGAUUUUAUCAAGGCCGGGACGUUAUUAGCUAUUGGUAUUAUUUCAUCUGGGAUACAAGACGCAUGUGAUCCAGCUUCUGCUCUUCUUAUUGAUCAUAUACACUCAGAAAGAGCUGUUAUUCGGGUUGGUUCGGUCCUCGGACUAGGUUUGGCUUAUGCUAACUCUAAGCGAGAAACUGUCGUGAAAAAUGAGGAAGGUGGGGUGAUAUUCGAGCUUAAGAAGGUUCUGACGGAUUCGAAUCCAUCGGCAACAAGUGAAGUGAAGGGUUUAAGUGGUCUCGCCCUUGGUCUUAUCAUGGUAGGAACAGCUGAUCACACUGUAGCCAUGGAGAUGUUGCAAACUCUAAUGGAACGCAGCGAAUCGGAACUCAGCGACCCAAAUAUGCGUUUUUUAGCUCUUGGCAUUGCGUUAAUUUUCCUAGGUACCCAGGAAAAAAGUGAAGUGUUUGUUGAAUCUCUUCGUUCAUUACCGGAACCUUUUGGCCCAAUGGUGUCUACAUUAGUUGAUGUGUGUGCAUAUGCUGGAACGGGUAAUGUACUUAAGGUACAGAAGUUGCUCCAUAUGUGUUCUGAACAUUACGAAACUGAGGACAAGAAGAAGAAGAAAGAGGAUAAAACUAAGAAAGAUACGAAAAAUGAGAAGGACAAGGACUCGAAGCCUGAUUUGUCUUCGCAACAAGCAGUAGCUGUUCUUGGUAUUGCUCUAAUUGCGAUGGGUGAUGAUGUUGGUUCGCAGAUGGCGUUGAGAACUUUCGGUCACCUUAUUCGGUACGGCGAAGCAGUUAUUCGACGAGCAGUUCCUUUAGCUCUUGCCCUGGUUUCAGUCUCAAAUCCACAGCUAAACAUUCUAGAAACGUUGAGCAAGUUCUCUCACGAUGCCGAUGCAGACACUGCACAUAAUGCUAUAUUCGCCAUGGGUUUGGUUGGUGCUGGAACUAAUAACGCUCGUCUCGUUGCUAUGCUUCGAUCGUUGGCUAGCUAUCAUCAUAAGGAUCAGGUAUCUCUGAUGUUAGUACGAUUGGCUCAAGGGCUUACCCACCUUGGGAAAGGAACAAUGACUCUGAAUCCAUGGCAUUCCGAUCGCCAAUUGCUUUGUCCAAGUGCUAUCGCGGCACUGCUCACAAUUUGUUUCGCAUUUCUGGAUGCGAAUAAUUCGGUGCUGAAUAAUCGGCAACAUUAUUUAUUGUAUAGUCUAGUGCUAGCUAUCCAACCUCGUAUGCUGGUGACGUUAUGUGAUGACGAGAAGAAACCUGGUAAUCUUAAACAGAUUGGUGUCACCGUAAGAGUUGGGCAAGCGGUGGACACUGUGGCACAAGCUGGUAAACCAAAAACGAUCACUGGAUUCCAGACACACACUACCCCAGUCCUACUAGCGUAUGGUGAGCGUGCUGAAUUAGCUAACGAAGAAUACGUUGCAAUGACUCCUUAUUUGGAAGGCUUGGUGAUAUUAAAAAAAAAUCCUGAUUACGAUGCACCGGUGGCUGUCAAGAAAUAG